ACAGCAAGCCUCCAGUGGCAUCAGACAAUGUGGCUAAAUCAAAAAUAAAGAUCAAGAAGAAAAAGACGUUGGUGGGUUAUCGUCAGCUUGUACUGUUGCAAGUAGGUUUGUUUGCUGUUGCUGCUGUCAUCUUUGGGGUCUGGUACUCGUAUCGGCCACAUGACAGUGAUGCUGAGGAGUACAAACUGAUGAACAAACCGAAUGCUACACAGAAAAUAAAGACAAAACCGGAUCACAGGCAGUCACGUGACCAGCAGGCUAGUCACAAGUUUACUGUAUCUGUACAAAAUUAUAUUGAAAUGCAGAGUGUGGUUGUGAAUGACAUCCAACUGCGUGUUCAAGAAUUAAAAGUACAACAGAGAAAGUCUCACGCCAAAGUUUUCAUAAUUGAAAAUUUUCUUAGCCAGCAUGAGAUGCAAAGCCUUGUCAAGGCUCACGACCAUCAUUCUACUGAUCUACGUAUUCCGCCCCCUUUGUUUUGUUUCGAUGGUGUCAACACUCUUCAGGCACAUCUCGACGAUGCAGGAAUAAAGUAUACUGCAUCCGACUCAGACUUCACUGCGGGAACGUAUUGUGUCAACUCGACUUUUUCUCAUCGACUGAAGCAUGUGUUAAAAUGGAGCGUGAGCACCGCUUUCUACACUGGCGAAUCUAAGUUUUCGUGGAUAUUGCAAGAUCGUAUAUUUAAAGCAACUGGGCUGAAGCCUGAGAAUGGUGGUAAAUAUCAAUUGACAUCUUACUCUGAAGGGGUCGGCUACAAGACACAUACUGAUUGUGUACUGAACGAUGAGAAACGGGAUCGAUACGGUACCUUCCUUGUGUACUUAGAGGAUGUUGAGGAAGGUGGCGAGACGAGGUUCCCACAACUUGAUAUUGCUGUGAAACCCAAAGCUGGUCGAGCACUCAUUUGGAACAGUAUGGAUGCCGAAGGCAACUGUGAUCCUAUGACUGUUCACAGUGCUGAUAAAGUUGCUCGAGGACGAAAGGUUAUUUUGCAGAGAUGGUACUAUUAUCAUAACUUUCCUGCAUUAGGCAAACGCAUGUCUGAACCAGAUCUGCCAGUUCGGUUACCACAUCAACCUAUGGUGCAGUGUGACCAGUAUGAUAGUGGCAGUUGUAGGUGGUAUGAUGAGUGGGGCUAUGGUCAUCUAAGAGAGUAUCGGCAAAUGAAUCAGAACAAUCAGUUGUAGUUCUGUUAGUAUUUUAAUUUAAUUACGAGAAAUUGGUUUUAAGUAAACGAUGUUUUAAUGUGUUGUCGAAAAAAACAUUUAAUGAUGCCAGUGUGCUCAACUCUUACAGUAUCUCAUUAUAACAUUUGUAUUCUUUCGUUCAAUCAUUUCACAUUGAAAAUAAUAUAACAGCAGUCUGUUUAUAGUGUCUGUGACUAUGAAA